AUGGCUGGUCAGGCAACGGAGAAGAGAGUCUCCGUCUAUCUAUACAUUCCCAAUAUCAUCGGUAAGUUCCUGGGAACGUUUCGUAGGAAUCGUGCAUCGCUCAGAAUUAGAAAUUAUCUUUCCCUAUCUUCUGUGGGUCGUAGUUGACGCUUUCGUCUUUUCCUAGAUGGUAUAAUAGACAUCUAGAUCACGAGUUUUGUCAUGGGAUCAUGAUUUUGGAAAGUUCGUAGUUCCUCUGAUUGUGGUUUUUCUUGUUUGACUCCAUAAUUUCCUGAUUAAGUUUGCAUUAUUUGACUGACGAGAUCUCUCUUGGUUGAUAUUUUCGACAUAACUCAAGGCUUUAGAUCUUCUGUGGGUAGAAUUGGUAGAUAAAUGCAAUGGAUGGCAUCUUCUUAGGUGUUACAAUGAAAGUGAUCAGGAAGCGUAAUAGGAAUGUAGAUCUACAGCAUUACGGUAUAAUGGAAAUCGUGCAGAUCUGAAAGUUGUUGUUGGAGAUAGUUAAAUAAAAUUUAUUCUCUCGUCACAUUCUACAAUUGAAGCUGGGCCUUUAAAAGUCGAUUUCGUAAGGAAUAUGUGCUUACAGUAAAUAUUGUUAAAUUUAACAAUAUUUACUGAAGUAUUACGUUUUUUAAGGAAUGAAUAUAACCAGCUAAUCUGGGAAUUUAUUGCCAAGAUUCAAUAUCCGACUUGAAUCUUUGCUGUGGGUCUUGUCUUUGGUCAUGGGUCACUUAUGUAAAUGCGUAUUAAGUAACUAACAAAGCUGUUUGAAUAUAACCAGUUUGAAAAAAAAUUUGUGAUUGAACUCACCUUGUAAAAGUAGUUCAAUCCAUUAGAGAAGUUCCUGUCUACUUUUGUUUUUUCAUUCUUUAUCAACAGUAUCAAUAAGUUAAUACACAUUUUUGUGCAACGGGCACCAAAGAGGAGCACAAAGAAGCAGCUGAGAUGCAUGAAAACAGGAAGGGCAGGAAAUUCCACCCUUAUGAAUAUUGAUCACCAUCCUCAUUUCACGUGCCAAGACUGUAUUGCCCGUGUUUCUGCACGGUGGUGUUCAUAAUAAUUCUAUAAUAACUAAUUUAUAUGGCUUUUAACAUUAGACUCUGCCUCAUGUUGAUAUAAGAUGUUAUUAGUAGUGCUUGAAAUUUUACUUAUAUCUUUUAUUGUAAGUCAAUAUUUUUAGAUUUUCAAGAUCAUUGUGUAUCUGGUUUGUUUUCCUUUAUGAUACUUUGAAACGGUGUAAAGUUGGAUCUUCUGUACUUUCCUCCCUAUCUUAACAUCACCUUUAGGGGACUUGAUCUAGUGGGCUUGUGAAUUAGGUUGAAUUGUGACGUGGGAAAAUGAUCAGUCUCUUCGGUUCAGGGUUAUACUAUGGGCUGAGAAAUUUUUCCUAGGAUGGAUCUUUCACCAUUACGGGCUUUCCUAUGAGAUGGGAAAACAAUGAGAAGUCUAUUGUGUGCUAUUUUUGCUCUAUGCUGCUGCAUUGAAGCAGGAAAGGAUAAAUAGAUUUUGGAUGGGGAUUUGUACUUUCUUUUCUUUCUUUGUAUUGUGUACCCUAUGGGAGUUGUAUAUAACGUUGUAUUGAAUGUUGAUAUUUGAGCAGAUUUCAAGUGGCAGUUAGUAGUUCAUUUCGUUCCUUCCUUUACGUGUUGCUUUGAUUAUGUUUGGUGAUUCCUCAAUUUCAGCCAUAUUUAUGGGGAAAUAUUUUAAAACUCUUUUUCCUUUAUAUUUUUUAUCAUUAUAUUCUUCUUAUCUCUUUAUUUGUGGGAAUUGCAGGUUAUAUAAGAGUGUUGAUGAACUUCGUUGCAUUUGCUCUUUGCUUUUCACAUAAAAAGCUCUUUGCUAUCCUUUAUUUUUUCAGGUGAUUUGCAGUUGUAGGGGUUUUUACUUUAGCCUAUUAAAUAUUCCUUUAUCAUACUUGCCCUUAUUACAAGUUGUUGAUCACAGUUUCAUUUGUGAUGGUCUGGACGGUUGGUUUGCUCGCAAAUUCAACCAAGGUACAUCAUAACCCGAUAUAUGUAGUGGUCAGAAAUUUUUUUGGAUUUCUCCCUUCAUUUUCUUGUUCUUUGAUUAAUUUUCGGUUUUAAUCUGGUGGUCUGGUCUGGGUGCGAGGUAUAGUUACCGAAGUACCUUUGUAUUUUCUUCUGUUUGUAGUAUUUGAAAAUAUUGAAAUACCUCCUUGAACAUGCUUACGAACUAUAACAAUGUUGCUCUAUAGUGGAUUAGCCUUGCCUUGUAACAAUGUUGUCAACAACAUGCCCAAAUACUGAAGCAGCUGAUGAUAAACGCUCAACCUAAAUUUAUAUUUUUCUUCGAUACAAAACACCCAGAUAUCCUUUUUUUUCUCACUAGUGUCUUUCUCCCUUAGGUUUUCAGAAAAAAAUGUUUUAGUGGUAUAUGUUUAUUUAGAGUAAUAAAUCCUGAAAUCCUGACAAAGUAGUGUGCUAUCCAUUAUAAGAAAUUCUGCACUGUCACUAACCUAGUCCCACAUAAUCAUUAUGAUAUAAUGCCCAUGUGUUUGGGGAUGUGGAAGUAGACCACGGUUGAGUGCCAAAAUUAUUAUAUAAAUUUUCAGAAGCUAUAAAUCUUUUAUUUAUUCACAAUGAACUAUGAUGGGGAGACACUUUGAUACCUAGAAUCAAGUUAUUGCAUUGGCAUCCUAUAUAGAACUUGAAUAGAACAUUGAAAUGGCCAAUCAUCAUGGAAAUAAACAAAGGUAGCAGAUCACAUACAUACGAACAAAGAUGACUUUGGUCCAUCUAGAUACCAAUAGAUAGCAUUUGAUCGCAGCAUUAACAUACCAAAUGUAUAGGAUUGGAAAAAUCUAAUUGUCUUAUAAACAUAAUAUGCCUUUCUCUUAUUCAACACAAUAUCCUUCUUCUUUUAUGGCAGAAGAGGGAAGAAAUAAUUUGCAUGCACGGGAAAUCAUGGGAUAAAUCCACAUACUGUGAAUCUCCAAAAUAAUAACAGUGUUUUUUUCACAAUAGUAGUCAUAGUGAUCAUUGUUAAUAAUUUCUUGAUUGUCAUCAUUUCAACUCGCAGCCAUACGUUUCAGUGAGGGGGUUUAUCCCUGUUGUUAUCAAAGUGCGUUAGCCACUGUAUAGACUAUUUUUACAGGGGAUUUCAAAAUGAUAACUUCUUUGUUGUCUAAUCUCUGUCCAAUUAUGAAGUCAAUUAUGCGAAGGCAUACCAGGCAUCUCACUAAAUCCGGCUUCAAGAAACUCUUGACAAGGAAAUCAAUGUUUCUUCCUGUGUUUAUUUAAAUCCCAAAUUGUGAAUAAGAGUCCUUAGGUCUUCUUUGAUGUCCUGGAGUUUCGAUCUAAGCUGUCGACUUUCCAUUGGAGUUUACCCUCUCAUUCUACUCUUUGAUGGUUUUGGUGCAAUUAUUAGGUGUUGUACGGUUUCACAUAUUCUUGAUUACCUUAUAAAUGCUUGGGCCACCAGGAAUUUGCCCAUUGGGGAAUGUCUUAGGGUUGGGUCAUGAUUCUGCAGUGUGAUGAACUUCUUUUCUAUUCCAGAUGAGUAGUAGUGCUGGGAGAUUCUUCACUGGGUAAAUUCUGGUUGCGCUUGUAUGGAGAGUAAUUUAAAACGGCUUAGACAUCAGUCAGUGUGUGUUUACACAUCAGUACUCUGGUUUUCAAGGGAACAAAUAAUUUCUAGUGUAUCACGUUUUUUUUUCGGGUAUAUAUUGCUGUCUUCCUUUGUUAUUUUGGUGUUUUCUCUAGUCCCUGACUAUCCUACGCUAAAUAAAUUCCAAGUUUUCAUCUGAUGCUUUACCCUUUCUUGAGUUCAGACAGUGUUAUUCUGACUUAAUUGAAGACUUUGUUCUUUCGCCCUUGUGUUAUUUAAACUGAUUCCAUAUCUGAAGAACUUUGGACUGUGGGUGUAAAGCCCUGAAAUCCUCAGGUUUAGGUAGUUCAACUGUCAUGUUCUGGUUGUGAUUAGCUACACAGAAUGUAAUAAAACAACUUAAAUACAAGGAAAUGGUCUAGAGAAACCCGCCUUGCUUUCAGACUUAACUAUUGGAUUUCAUUUUCUUACUGAUGUCAAGGAAAUGUUGCCUGUUCCUGACACCUUAAAAUGUCAUGCAGUUUCCACUUUUGGAGCCGUGUUGGACAUGGUAACAGACAGGUGGCAGACCUUCCUGUACUAUCCUGUGUUAUACAAAACUGUGGAUGUUAACAUAGCAUGCUACGAAUGCCAUUUAUCACUUUUGUGUCAUGGGGGAGGAUUCCUAACCUGUGUUUGGCUUUCAGGGUCAGCACAACUUGUCUUUUGGUAAUUCUAUCCCAGAUCUAUAGGUGAAUAUUUUUAUCAUCUUUAAGAUUUGUCUACUGUUAUUUUUAUUCAGUUGCAUUUGUGAUCUGAUUCCAUGGUCUGUACUGCAGUCCUGGUUUGAGUUUCCUAUCACUGCUUGCCUUAGAUAUUGCCAGCCACUGGUUCCAAAUGUACAGGUAACUUUCCUCUUGUUGUUGCUGUUUUACCUUCAAGAUGCAUAAACAUUGAGGUUCCUGUAUGAUACGAAUGCUUACUUCAUAAAUGUAAAUCCCAACAGUCAGCUGUGUACUGUUACUGUGACAGAAUAAUUUUAUGCUAGUGACUCCUAAAUAGUCAAACAAGGAGGCUGCAAGAACUGCGGCAACCUGCAUCUCAAUGCACCAUGUCUAGUCUAUUACUAUAGCUCACUUUUUUAUUUAUUUUACGUUUAAUAGGCAAAGGCUGACAAUAUUCCACCUACCUUGUUAACCAUAAGGUGGUUGGGUCAGAUGUCAGUAACAUUUUUAAACUGAAUAAUUUCAUAUCAGAAAAUUUGAAUUGUAUUUACCUCACUGUCAAAAUUAUCCUCUGUAACAUCUGAUCAUACAAUUACAUGAUUUGUUCCCAUGGUAGUCAGGCCUCUUGGUCUCAGUUGGGGCACAGCCAAAAACCUUGUCGUGUGAGGACGAGUCAGCAUGGGUGCCAUGAAAAUGGUUUUUUCAUUCCGUACAAACCACCUCUACGAUAAAAGUGUAGUUUCACCUUAAUUGACUUAGGUCUGAAUAUUUGGAUCCGAUGCCUAUCUGGCAACAAGGUCAAUUAAUCUGACAUUUUUAACAAUUUCUUAUUGGAAUCUUUCCCAAUUUUCGUUUGGGAUCAUUUAUGUCAAAGAGCAAAAUUUCUGAAGAAGUGUAUGACAGUGUAAAGUCAGAAGACAGGUACAUAAAUUAAUGAAGCAUGAUUUUAGGAUUGAAACAUUUUGGCAUUGACAAUCUUCGGAUUUAAGAAUUAACUAAUCUUCUGCAUAACUGUGGCCCUGGUUACCCUUCAUCCAAAGAAAUGGUAUCAUCCAGGACAGUAGAUAGUGAUGAAUGGACAUCUUCUGACUCUCCAACUAGAUGAUUUCAAACUGGCGCAAUGGCUGGUUGAGUGAAUGAGCGUUAGACCUAGACUUGGCCAGCCACCUUAGUUCAAGCUGAAAAAGAUUUGCCGUUUGAAUUGUUUAUAAGCCACUUUAAUGAGGUAGGUUCAAUGGCCAAUUCCAUUGGAUCGUACGAUUCUUCUUCCCUCUUUGCUUGAAGGGAAGCCCAUGAUGCUCGCAUUAGCAUUGCUCGCCAUUUGUUGUCUUUCCUAUGAAGAAGCUCUCCGCUCUGUUCAUCCAUUAUAGCGGUAGUUCCUCACCUGAUGCCAAAGGGAUGAAUGCCAUCUCAUUUUAUUAACACCUGAGCCUCACUCAUCAAGUGCUUGGCAGUAGUCCCCUUACCCCCGAGCCUGUGGUGCAUCAAGGAGAGGAAUAUCAUCACGCAUUUGAUGAAAGGCAGGUUUUCGUAUCAGGGAAGAGGGCAUCAAAGACCCUCAUAGCAUAUUUUUGAUGACUGGAGCAUCAGGAGACCUACAGACUAGGAUAUCUCGUUAGAAGGCUAUAGAUAAUUCAGUGAUCAGUGCUGCUGCUACAUUGAUUGGAGAUGACGUGAUGUCUAGAUGAUUGCCUAUUCAUCCUCAUUCAAGAUUUGUGAGACAUUGUCGAAUGUUUUUUUUGAGGUUGUGUUGGUGUCAUUUAAUUUAAAGGCUACUUACUAGGAAUCAACCAAAUAUUCUUAGUGUUAAUCUAGAUAGAGUGGGGCUAGAGAUGUGAUAAGGGCAUAUGUUGAAUCCUGAUAUGAUGGUAAUUUACAAUUUGUUCCCUAUCUGUGCCCUGUGCAGUAUUGCUCUAAACUAUGGUUUUUUUUUUCCAGGAACGCUACAUUUUACACCACUUGAAUCAUAAUUCGUUCUAUAUGCUAUUUAUGAAAUAAACUGACUUUGUGGUCUGAUUAACAAAAAGUUUGUUCAAUAAUUGGCAUAUCCUUAUGUCUGCCUUAUUCCCUUUCAGUACUUUCCUAUCUGGCAAGGCCAGCCACAAAGAUGUCAAAGAUAGCACCAAUUGGCUUUUCAAGGCAUAUUAUGGGAAUCGGUUGUUCAUGGCCUACUGUUGUGUUGGAUCUGAGGCAUGCAUUUUUCUUGAGAUGCUUGUUGCAGUUCUUUUCGCCUGGCUUGUUGUGUUUUGCUGAAUAAAAAUUCAAAACUGUAGGUUCUUUACAUCAUCUUAUUUCUUCUUGCUGAGAAACAGCCUGAAAGUGUGGUCGAUGUGAGUGUUUCUCUCACUGGCUAUGUUAUUUUUGGCACAAAAUUAGAUAUUUUCCUUUGGAUCGUCUUCUCUUAUAAUCUCUGGCUCACUGCAGGUCUUUGUGAACACCAUGAAGGAGAAGCCACUUCUCAUUCUGCCGCUACUUUUUUCCUCAUUGGGAUGGGCCAUCAAGCAAGCAAUCAAUGUCAUACAGGUUGUAUUCAUUUUCUGCACGCGAGUAUUUAUAAAGGCUAUCAAGAAAAAAAUGGACUUUCCUAGCUGGGCUCUCCAUACUAACUGAAAUAUUUACUAAUGAAUUUUGAUCGAUUAUUUUGUGUUUCAAUCGUUAUAUAACGUCUAAUAGCUAGAUCUCUUUGGUAUUUACCUUCCAGUUUGAGGUUGACUUUUAGAGUACAAUUGAGUCUUUUAUCAGAGUUAUUAGAUUAUGAGAGAGAAGGGGGUUUCAUGGUGGGUAAUCUGGUUUCUUCCUCUCUCUCUCUCUCUCUCCUAAGCAGUGAAGGUAAGAUUACCGUCUAUAUUUUUGCCGAACCCACAAUAUCUAGUCAAUAAUUCGCAGAAACGUAAGAACCUUCAUCGGGAAUCAUAUGAGGAUGAUAUUCCACGGGGUUUUGACUGUGACGAUGAUCCAUAAAUUAAAGCCUGAUGAGCACCAUAGUCAGCAGGGUAAUCAGAUGGACUGAAUCAUUUUCAUUCACCUUGCAGAGCCUGCCUAAGGGGGGGGGGGGGUGUUGAAAGGCCAACAGAAGAACAGUCAUAGGGCUACAUCUUGAAGGAUUCUGCAGGCAUCAUCCCCACACAUUAUGUGGAAGACGACAUUACUGUUUUCUGUCUAUCAUUCGGGAUCUCAUGAGGAUGCUUCUGUGCUCUAUCAACAAGAGCUGCAAGAGCUACUUCUAAUCAUCAUCGUCCAUUAUUAGCUAUGGGGAUUUUAGUUAAAUGGGGUUCUGAGAUGACAAUGACGGCUCUUCUUUUCCUUCUACUUGGCCAUAUUCGCAUGAUUGGCCUUGACUUACAUGUGGGCUUAUUUCUUUCUUGUGGUUUUAAUUAAUUACUAUGGGCAACUUAUCUUUUUAGUCCAAGGUGGAAGAUGAACUUAUCGUAUGCUAGUUCCACACAAUUUCAUCGUAUGCUUUGCCAUUGUUGUCUAUUAUUUUGCUGUGGGAAAUAUGAAUGAUAACGAUUUCGUAUUAUACUCUGUUCAUACAUGAUUCUCUCCUAGAUCUUUUCUUGACACUUUAAUCUAAUAUUUGUGGUUCACAUAUAAAUAAACUGCACAGUUUGGUAUUCUGUAAGCUUCAUUCCUGUCGGGGUUGGUCCUCUGGCCCUCAAGAUAUAAGAGAAUAAUAAUUUUGUGAUUUCUAAAGUGUCUUUGUUUGGGUGUUCGGUGAAUAAAUUUGGUCCUUUUUUCAACGCCGCGUUUACUCUUUUUCCUUGAGGUUUCAGAUGAAGACUGCCGCUGACGCGUGUGUCUACUACGACAUGAAUAGGACCAAGUGA